AUGGCCGACGAGGAAGAGGACCCACCUUUUGAAGAAGAUACUGAAGAAACAGGAGGAGGGCCAGAUGGUGGACAGGGAAAAAGGAAGCGGUUGUUCUCCAAAGAAUUGAGAUGUAUGAUGUAUGGAUUUGGAGAUGAUCAGAAUCCUUACACAGAGUCUGUGGAUAUUCUUGAGGAUCUAGUCAUAGAAUUCAUCACAGAAAUGACCCACAAAGCAAUGUCAAUUGGACGACAAGGUCGAGUACAGGUUGAAGAUAUUGUCUUCUUGAUUCGUAAAGACCCACGAAAAUUUGCUCGUGUGAAGGACUUGUUAACAAUGAAUGAAGAAUUAAAACGGGCUCGAAAAGCAUUUGAUGAAGCGAACUAUGGCUCUUGAGGCCUUUUCUGAGCUCAUCUCAUUUUUUUGAUUCACCCUUUCUAUAAAAGGAAGCUCUGUGAAAAAUAAUUCAGAACACUGCUGCCCAUUGAAAUAUUUAAAUUGUGGACUGUUUUAAGAUAUUCUUUGUUAUGCUGCUUCUCUUUAAAAUGCUAAAAUAUUCUUGGACAUUAUUCCCUAUUAUAUCUUGAAUUUUUUAGAUUGCAACCAUUUGAGUGUCAUAAUUCUAGGUUUAUAUUCUUAUUUAACUCAUUUUUUUCAAGUGUUACUAAAAAUUUCUAAGGGCCAUGUAGCUAUUAUCUUUUACCUCUGUCCUUCCUAUCAAACUUAGAUUUAAAAAAUACGCUCAUAAAUCUCAAUACUUCUAAAUU